UCACUAGUUAAAAUCCAACCUCCGUUGCCUUCCUCAUUUGAUUGCUUUCAACACUUAAAAGACUAAGCGCGACCAGUGAGAGAACACAAAGAAAAACAAUUCAAGAAUGGCUACUGUCACCUCCGCAGCUGUUGCCAUCCCAUCUUUCACUGGUCUUAAAGCAGCCAGUGCUGCUUCAACCAAAGUAAACGCCAGUGCCAAGGUUGCAGCCCCUUCACUCCCAAGAAUGAGCAUCAAGGCUUCAAUGAAAGAGGUUGGUGUUGCUGUUAUGGCCACUGCUGCAAGUGCAAUGCUUGCUAGCAAUGCCAUGGCUAUUGAGAUCUUGCUCGGAAGUGAUGAUGGGGGAUUGGCUUUCGUUCCAAACAGCUUCUCUGUGGCCCCUGGAGAAAAGAUUGUGUUCAAGAACAAUGCUGGUUUCCCGCACAACAUUGUCUUCGACGAGGACGAAGUUCCAAGUGGAGUUGAUGCAGGCAAAAUCUCUAUGAGCGAAGAGGAUCUUCUCAAUGGCCCUGGAGAGACAUAUGCUGUUACCUUGACUGAGAAAGGGACUUACAGUUUCUACUGUGCCCCUCACCAGGGAGCUGGCAUGGUGGGAAAAGUGACCGUUAACUAAAUUCUACAUAAGCAUCAGUCAUCUCAUAUUCCUCUUCUUGUUUUUUUUUUUUUUCCUCUUUUAGCGAGAUAGAAGAGUUCAUAAAUCUCUAAUCGUGGGAAUGAUUAGAGAAUUGCAUGUAUGAAGUGAACCAAGUCUGUAUAAUGCCUUUUGUGUUUUAUAAUUGACAUUGUAUUUUUUUGCUGGAA